CUUCCGUCGUGGAGAGGUUGCGGAAGAAGGUACUGGGGCUGGGGUCCUGGAACCGUGCUCCGGGAUCUGGCUAGAGAUGGAGUUCGACUGCGAGAAUGUGAGACGGCUGCUAGGCAAGAAUAAGUUCAAAGAAAUGAAAUGAUUUUGCCCACAAGGUAACCAAGAUAGUAUUUCUGGGAGGACUUCUUCAUAAAUGAGGAGUACAAGUUCAGGGAUCUAACUGUGGAAGAACUAAAGAAUGUAAAUAUGUUUUUCCCACAUUUCAAAUAUUCCAUGGAUACCUACGUUUUUAAAGAUAGUUCCCAGAAAGACCUACUGAAUUUUACUGGUACUAUUCCUGUGAUGUAUCAGGGUCAUACAUAUAACAUACCAAUCCGUUUCUGGAUUUUGGAUUCUCACCCUUUUGCUCCCCCCAUUUGCUUCUUGAAGCCAACUGCAAAUAUGGGAAUUUCCAUUGGAAAACAUGUGGAUGCACAAGGCAGAAUAUACUUGCCCUAUCUCCAAAACUGGAGCCAUCCCAAGUCUGUCAUUGUUGGAUUAAUUAAAGAAAUGAUUGCCAAGUUUCAAGAGGAACUUCCCCUGUAUUCUCUAUCGUCAUCUGAUGAAGCACGGCAGGUAGACAUGCUAGCCUAUAUUGCAAAAAUCACUGAAGGUGUCUCAGACAUAAAUUCAGAGAGUUGGACAAAUUAUGAGAUUAAACCAGUCAAUAAAAUUACCGUGGUUGGAAAUGGAGAGUUGGGUAUUGCCUGCAUCUUAGCAAUUUCAGCAAAGGGCAUUGCAGACAGGCUAGUCCUUUUAGAUCUCUCAGAAGGAACAAAAGGUGGAACCAUGGACCUUGACAUAUUCAACCUGCCUAAUGUGGAAAUCAGCAAAGAUUUGUCUGCAUCUGCUCAUUCCAAGGUGGUGAUCUUCACAGUCAACUCUUUGGGUAGUUCUGAGUCUUAUGUUGAUGUUGUGCAGAGCAAUGUGGACAUGUUCAGAGCCCUUGUCCCAGCUCUGGGACAUUACAGUCAACAUGGUGUUCUGCUCGUUGCAUCUCAACCAGUGGAAAUCAUGACCUAUGUGACAUGGAAACUGAGUACAUUUCCUGCAUAUCGAGUGAUUGGAAUUGGAUGUAAUCUUGAUUCACAGAGAUUACACUAUAUUAUUACAAAUACCUUGAAAGCACAGACUUCAGGCAAAGAAGUUUGGGUUAUUGGUGAGCAGGGAGAAGACAAAGUGCCCAUUUGGAGUGACCAAGAAAUGAGUCAUAGCUCUCAGGUGCAGCUGUCCAACAGAGCCAUGGAACUAUUAAAGGUAAAAGGUCAAAGAUCCUGGUCUGUUGGACUAUCUAUAGCUGACCUGGUCGACAGUAUUGUAAACAAUAAAAAGAAAGUACAUUCUGUAUCAAUUUUAGCAAAGGGAUAUUAUGAUAUAAAUAGUGAAGUGUUUCUAAGUUUACCUUGCAUCCUUGGAACUAAUGGAGUAUCUGAAGUCAUUAAAACCACAGUGAAGGAAGACACAGUGACUGAGAAACUCCAAAGCAGUGCAUCCUCAAUCCAUGGUCUCCAACAACAGUUAAAACUUUGACUCUCAAACACAGUUACCUGAAAGAAAAGAUCAUUUAAUUUUGCCAACAUAUAUUAGAUUUGAGUAUGUCUGUGUCUUAUUUGUCUUACCAACUGCUUGGUUAAGGUAGAUGGUUUCUUGGUUAGGUUUGUCAUUUGAUCCUGAAGGAGUUAGAUAUGAAAGGAGAAAAAAAUCUAAUUUCAUUCGGGAUGCUUAACAUAUCUAUACUGUUCUUCAAGCUACAACAAGGAUAAACAUGCAUCUGCAGUGUGUAAUAUUUUAAAUUGUGUACCCCAAACUCAAAGCACACUAAUCACUUUGGAGAUAUACUGAAAGAAAUGAAUUUUAUAAAGGUUACUUUUUGACAUUUAUAAUAAAUAUGAUAACCUAAAGAUCCAGAAUGGGCCUUAUUUAUAAAAUCUGUGCUAGGUGCAUAUUCAAAAGAUUCAUAGUUUAAUGUUGAUGUUCUUUUGCAAAACACAGUUGGUAAUAAUGGUAAGACAUUUUCUUUUCCUUUUCAAAUUCAUUAGCUACCAGAACUGGGAAAGAAUUUUAUAUGCACUUUAAAAUAGUAAAAGGUAAAUGUAAAAUUUUUAACAUAUAAAGAAAAAGUAUAUGUAAUUUAAUUUCCAGUAGGAUUUCCUUUCUGAAAUUGUCUACAACCUCUUCUUGGACUAUAUAAGAUCCCCCACAUGACAUGUGAUAGUAGUAAAAGCAUGGAAGAAAUGUAUGUUUUGGUAGAAACCGAUUAUGAGUAAAACCUUUUCUUUUAAAGCCAAAAUAUGAAGACUUCAUAAAAACCAUUGGUCUUAAGGGAUAGAGGCUGAGUGGACUGAUGGUUCUGAGCAAAUCCUUUAACCACUCCAGAAGAAACAAUUCAGAGUACAUAUGCUUUAGAAAUGAAUCAUUAACAAUGUUUUUAAAAAUUUUUUUUUAGUUGUAAAUGGACACAAUAUUUAUUUUUAUGUGGGUGCUAAGGCUAGAACGUUCCUCACACCUGUGAGGCAGGUGCUCUACCACUGAGCUACAGCCCCAGCCCCUCAUUAAUAAUGUUUUCAUGUGUUAAAUAGAGCAUAUUAUUACUAUUUUGAUACACAACUAAUAGUAACAGCUAACAUCAACACUAUAUAACAGGAAUUAUAAUUAGCACUUUACUAUUUUAUUGAAUCCUCAUAAUAACCCACUAAGGUAGGGACUAUUAUCAUCAUCUUAUAGAGGAGAAAGUUCAAAUUUAUAGUCUUUACUUUUUUAAGGUACUAAUAGGGAUAAAAUGCUUAACAGCCAAAAUAGUGAUCACAAGACCCUAAAGUUGAGGUCCUAAAUACUAGGAAAAAUUACUUUCAUUCUCUAAAAGUUUACUUUUAAAAAACAUAAAUUUUUAGAACGACUAAUUCCCUAGCUUCCUAAUCUGUCCUCAGCAAACAGCAGAGGCAGCUAUGAACUAAGAUAGGCUUUAGUCAUCUAGUUAUUUAUUUGGAACUUAUUAUACUCCAGGCACUAACAGUGAACAUGCCUGGACUACAUACAAGCAUUCCUGAUCCUUAUAAUCUAGUUUGGGAAACAAUAAAUCAAAUCCUACAUAUGUACAAUUCCAAUUGUAGUAAGUACCGUGAAGAAAUCCAAAGUGUCUUGUAAACAUAAUAGGUACAUACAAAUCUGGGCAGAGAGAUAGGAGCCAAAUGGUUUAUAAGGGUAGACACAUUGUAGAGGGUAAAUAGUCAUUCUAAUGCUCACUUAAUAAAAGUGGUGAACUUCAGUAAUUAAGGUAACAUUCAGUAUCCCAUGUUUAAGAAAGUAAAAAAGUAUUUAAUAUGCUUGGAAAGAUUCCCACCAGAUUAACUGGAUAAAAAUUGUGGACAUUUGGAGUGGGGGUGUAGUUAGUGGUAGAGCAUUUACCUAGCACACACAGACUCUGGGUACUAUCCCAGCACUAUAAAAACAAUGACCAAAAAACAUUUGGAUAUUUGAAGAGAUAAGCAUUAGAUUUGAUUUGAUUAUUUUGGUUUUACUCUAACAAUGUAUCCUUUUUUAUGAAAUAGUAAAACUGAAAGAAACAUAUUUUUAACUAGCCUUUUAUAAUAAGUGAUAACUAAUCAAAAAUUUGGUAAUUUCUAAAAUCUUAAUUUAUAACUUUUUUUUUUCUUUCUCUAAUAUAUUCUUGAACAACAAUCUAACUGCAAAAUAUUACUGUCUCCUAGAUAAAUUGCCAAGAGUUCACUACAUUAAUUAUAACAGGAACAUGACAACACAACAUUUAGAGUACCUACUGUUAUUCCAAAUAUUGUGUUAGAAUUUGCAUAUUCCAAGAUGAACAAUGGUCCUUACCCUCUAGAAGGCCACAAUAUAGAAGUAAUUCUGCUUCAGACAUUCCCUUGAAUAUUGAGUAUUAGUAAUUAUGUUGUUAAGUUCCACAUAUAUGUCAAGAAGCAACUACCACCAACUACCACCUCACUAUGAUUUGAUGAUAAUUUAACAUUCAGUGCUUCUGUUAACUUUCACUUUUUUGUUUUUCCAUAAUUAUGCAGUGCCUCUUCUUGUUAUGAUUUUUAGUGGGGCUUGUAUUAAAAAUGCUUUUGUGAUACUAUAGUAGAAGAUAUAUUUUUACUUUCCAAUUUAUAUUGUUUUCCUUAAAUAUCAAGAAUAAUGAAUAAAGUUUGAUUUUUAAAUUCA